GUUCACAUCUUUCCUGAAGUGAGGUGCCCAGAACUGGCCAUCCACACAGUAUUCCAGUUGAAGCCUUAUCAAUGCUGAGUACAGAGGAUGAAUUUGUCUUUGACAUUUCCCAUUUUGUAUUUGUGUAAUUGGUUAUUCCGUCUUAAAUCUAGUACUUUGCAUUUGUCCUUAUUGAACUUCAUCCUAUUUAUUUCAGACCAUUUCUUCCGUUUGUCAAGAUCAUUUUGAAUGCUAAUCCCCUCCCAACUUGGUAUCACCCACAAACUUUAUAAGUGUACUCUCUAUGCCUUUAUCUCUUGCACUACUAGGUUAUUCUUAAUACUUAUUUUCUUAUUUUGUUGUUGUAUAAUAAACUAUUGUAUAUUGCACACAUGUCCAGAUCCUCAGCAGAUAUGAUCAGUUAAAGUGAAUGGAGCAUACACUGAUUUACACCUGCUGAGGACCUGAUCCAUCAUGUUAAAUAUAUGCAUUGUUUUCAAGCCUUUAAAGCCAAAAUAAAUGAUAGAAAUAUAGGGCUAGUAGGGACCUCAAGAGGCCAUCUAGUUGAUCCCCCAUGGCUAACACAGGAUUAAUUACAUCUACACCCUCCCCGACAGCGGUUUGUCUAACCUAUUCUUAAAAUCCUGCAUUGAGAGGAAUUCCACAGUCUCCUUAAAUAACCUGUUCCGGUGCUUAAUUAUCCUUAUAGUUAGACAGUUUUUCCUAAUAUCUAACCUGAAUCUCCCUUUCAGCAAACCAAGCCAGUUACUUCUUGUCCUCCUCCCGGUGGACACCGAGAACAAUUAAUUACUGCCCUCUUUAUGACAACCUUGUACAUAACUGUCUUCAACUAUGUCCCUCCUCUGCCUUCUUUUCUCUAAACUAAACAAACCCAGUACUUUCAACCUUUCCUCAUAGGUCAUAUUUUCUAAACUUCGGAUCAUUUUUGUUGCUCUCCUCUGGAUUCUCUAAUUUGUACACAUCUUUAUUAUGUGGCAUCCAGAAUUGGACACAGUUCUCCCCCUGAGGCGUCACUAGUGUGGAGUAGAAAAGAACAAUUAUCUCUCAUGUCUGACAUACAACACUCUUGUUAAUACAUCUCAGAAAAACAUUUGUCUUUUUCUGCAGCAGCAUCAUAUCAUAUUCAGUCUGUGAUCGACUACAACCUUGACUGGCAAGAGCAAUCUAUAACUGAGCCUCCAGAUGAGAUUCCCAGUUCCUGAAAGAACGACUGAGAUUAGCUUUUGUGAUUCACUUUUGAUCCUGGAAGUAAGGUUAAGAAAUACAGCUGAAACUAAAGUCUUCCUUAUAUGUUCUUUCUUCUGGAGAAAAGUACUAAUAAUUUAUGCACAUCAAGAGCCCAAAUCUUUAAGUGGAUCUUUAAAGAAUCUUGCAGUAGAAGAGUUGAGCAAACAGGGCUGCAACGUCACCACAUCUGAUCUGUACGCAAUGCAAUUUGAGCCACGAGCAACAAGAAAUGAUAUCAUUGCUACAUUGUUGUCUGCACAACUCUUUGAUUAUGGAGUGGAAUCAUGGGAAGCUUACAAGAGAAGAUACUUGGCUAGUGAUUUGAUUGAGAAACAGAUGAAGGUUCAAGCUGCUGAGUUAGUGAUUUUUCAGGUCAUGAUUUUUCUUUUUAAUAAUCUUAUGUUCAGCAUGCCUGCCAUCCUGAAGGGCUGGAUAGACAGAGUCUUGGUCCAAGGAUUUGCUCACGGUUUCCUGAAGUGUUAGGAUGAUGGCUUACUCAAGAAUAAACUAGCCCUACUUUCAUUUACCAAUGGAAGAGAUUAGUAAAUGUUUUCAAAAGGAGGUGUCAGUGGUGACAUUCGCUAUCUCCUGUGGCCCAUGCAGCAUGGUAUAAUGCACUUCUGUGGUUUCAAAGUCCUUGCUCCUCAGAUCUGCUUUGCUCCUGAGUACGUGACAGAAGAGAAAAGAAAGGAGAUGCUGACCUCCUGGGCACAGCGACUGAAGACUAUCUGGGAGGAAAAGCCUAUAAACUGCACUCCUGAGUUGUAUUUUAAGUAAUGUUCAGGCACAACACUAGAGAGAUAUGGGGGCGGGGAAGGGACAGGAAUUGCCUCAGUUGUAUCUUUUCUCUUUCCCUCAUGCUGUACCUUACCAUGUAUAGGGGGGAAGUCACAAUGCAUAAUAUCAGUCUCAUAAACUUGCUGGAUUGUAUUACACCAAAGACAGCCAAUUGGUAAUAGCUCAGUUAGCAAUAUGGCCUCGAUCUUCCUGUCUCCUUAGGAGUACAGUGUAAUAUGAGUGGUGCAGCUCCUUGGUGUGUGUGACAUGGCCCCCUAACUAGUAAAUAUUAGUGCCUAGUAUACAACCAGGUUUUUGUUUUGUUUUUUUUUUAAAAACAGAGUAGUGCCUGUUCAUACAAGGAUAGGAUUGAAUCACAGAUAAUGGCUAUUGCCCUAAGACGCAGGUGACCUGCAAAACACUGAAAGAUAUUGCCAGAUUUACUUCAAACAUUUUUGUGCACCAGCUGCCAUUUUUGUUAAAUUGACCUGGAAAUAUGCUGUGAUAAAUAAGAUUUGUCACAGCCAGUUAUCAGUCAACUCUGCUCUCUUAAGCAAGUUUUGUCUGCAUUUGAAUUAUUGUAUAGUUUGAGUAUAUAGGAUAUGCAGUAAUUUAGGUUACAUGAGAACUAUAGCCAGCCUUAACCUUCAAUACCAAAACAGAUAUAUGUGUCGGUUCCUAAAUUCAUAAGAUUAUUUACAACUGAACUAUAGUAAAGCAGCUUUAAGACAGUUUCAGAUGCCAAUAAAUGAAGCAAAUUCAAAGUGAAGUAUGAAUAUACAACACUGGUGCCUUCACCAUUGCAUUGGUCUGUGUGUACACAAGGAAGGGUAUGUGAAGCCCCCUGCCAUUUUUGCCUCCUCAUACAUUUUAAUGUAUAUUUUUUUCUGAGUUCAAGGACUGGUCCCCACUUACGCUGCCACUAGCCACCCCAUUAGGAAGAGAGAGGAAUCAAGGGCAAUUGCUUUAGCCCCUCACACUAAUCAGCAGAGCUAUUCAGCCCUGGAGUUGAAUGCCUCAUGUACGUCCCCCUACAUACUGUAGCAGCAAAUGUGCUUCCCCUGGGGACUGUGGCUGGCUUGGUGAGGCACAUUGACCGCUACACCUGCUGUGGCCACUGUCCAAGUGUGGGUCAAUGCCUAAUAGGAUACACCUGUAGGCGUGGGUUGGCUCUUAAUGUUUGGGAAUUUUGUCAUGGACUUCAGUGGGAUAAUUUGGCUCUGGGAAGUAACUGAUGAAUUUUUUGUGGUAGGAUAUAUGGUAUGUUUCAUGCUUAAUUGUGUAUUUCCUGGCUUUGAUCAGUCGUGGUCACAACCUUAACAUACUGUUAAACAUACUAUUAUACUUCUUUAUGAAUGUUUACCUGUUUUUUUGUGUGCAAGAUGUAGAUACCAGAUUACAAUGUUUCCAGUCACCUAAAUUCAUGUUCAGACUGAAGAAGGUGGACAUAGUAAGAUACAAAUGCAGUUGCUGUCCAUGCAUAUUUACUUUUUCAAAAUAAAAAUCCUCAUUGUUUGUUUACAGACUUGAUCAAAGAUGUUAUUCAGAAGACAAAUGAGUAUUCUGCACAAAAAAAUUAAGAGGAUGUAUACAGAGAAGUCUUGCUCCUAUAAUCACUAAAGUCCACAGGAAUUGCUAGACUGCAGUCAGGGUAAAUUUAGUCACAUCUCUUAAAUUUUAUAACAGCACAAUGCAGAUGCUUGGAAAUUCUAGCUAAGAGUAUUUGUGAGGAAGGUACAUGGGAUUAAUUCCACAAAAUUGCUAAUCAGUCUCCUAUGAUGCUUAUUGUCAGGAUACACAUACACUUUAAAAAAAAAAGUGUCAGGAUGCCAGGCAUAAGGGGGUCUUGAAGGUUCUAGAAGGAACUGUGCCGGGAAGAGAGAGCAAUAUAGAGCCAUAUCAGCAAUCAGGAGAGCUCAGCUCCACACUAGGUACCAAAAUUAAGUGGCCAGAUUUUUUUUAAAAACUCAACAUGUUAGGUACUGAGCUCUUCUGAAAGGCUCUUCCCAGUGAUGGCGGUUGAGCUCUUCUGAAAAUUCUGGCUUUAAGGGAUACUAUUUUUACUUAUUUGACUAAAGUUUCUGGUUCAGUUGCAUUAAAUAAAAUUCCUGAGUCUUUGCCACAGUUGUAGGACACUUAUGACUUCACAAGCAGGGAAUACAUUUGCCACUUUAAUACUUAUUACCUGCAUCCAAAGGUGUUAUGUCCUCUCCAAGAGGGAAACCCCAUUGACUCCAAAACAGACUAGUGUGGGAUUGGCUACAAGCAUCAUCUCUGGUGUGAGAUCGAAGAUGCGAUUGACCUGGGGUAAGUGAUUGGUCCUUUGGGACUAGGAGUAACCUGAAUAUUGCUGUGAUACUUGAUAUAAGGGACCACCUAUCACAAAGGCAAGCUUACCUGGGUGGUGAGUCAGAUCCGAGUAUCCAAGGAGACUGACUGAUACUUAGUUGGUGAAAUCUAAAUUUAGAGCUCACAGCCAAUUAGGGGUUUGUGUCUUGGUUCUUAACCGUCACGCUCUUGAGUCACUGCAGUCAGCUUGACAGUCCUCUUUACUGAUAUGUUAGUAAUUUCUCUUGGUUGUCUAACAUAUCUUGUAUCCCUUAAUCCAAUUACUUCUCUAAAUAUUUCUGAUAAAAGAUGUGGGCCUACAAAUAUUACAAAUUGAGUGUGAAAUGUGGUCUUCAAGACAUGGAGUAAAAUAGAAAUGUACAUUGUCUGAUCAUUAAUCCAAGGACCACUGACAUGUGGGAGGAGGGAAGCAUAUAAUAUCCUCUACAAUAUAUUCCUUUCUUGGUUUUUUACAUUACCGAUUUCUCAGGACAGCCCAUAAGGACAUUGAAGUGAUAGGGCAAUUUCUGCUAAAAAAUAGUAACUAUUUAUUUUAUCUUUAUUGGUUCAGCUCGUAAGUUUAAAUUUCUGUAUUAGAUGAAAAAAUCAUCCAUGAUUCUGGUCCUUCUCAUUCCUAUUUUAAAGAUUAAAUACAUUAGCCUUCCUACACCCAGCUUCACUCUAAUGUUUGUAUUUGGUAGCCUGUGUGCAGGUUGUGCAUAAUAUGUAUUAUAUGCACAAACAUUAAUAUUGUACACCUUAUCAGGUAUAAAUCCAUGGUAGGCCCACACCUUUAAUACUGUGUGCAGAUGUGGUUGCCCCAUCUCAAA